AUGGGGGAUGUAAAGACAGAGCAGGAUCCAUGUGGAAGACACAGCCCUGACCGGGACCGUCCGAACAAAAUAAAUGUGUCCUACUUUACAGUGUCUGAUCUGAGGAUUGUGCUGCUGGGGAGGUCUGGAGAAGAGAAGAGUAAAGUGGGAAAUAUCAUCCUGAGGAGAGAGGCUUUAGAAACUGAGCCCUCCUUCUUUAAAGCAGUAAAGCAGCAGUGUGAGAGAGUUAGAGGACUGGUGGAUGGGAGACAUGUGACUGUGAUCAACACUCCAGACUUACUGCAUCCCCAGAUCUCUCAGUAUGACAUAGACAAGCAGAUGGAACUGUGUGUCUCUCUGUCAGACCCUGGGCCCCAUGUGCUUCUGCUGGUCCUGCAGCCUGGAAGAUUUACAGAGAAGGACGGAGACAGAAUGAGGAAGAUUCUGAAUGCUUUGGAUGAUCAGGCCUUUAAGUACACAAUGCUGGAGAGGAAGGUUCGAGAGCUGGAGGCCAGGCACAAGACUGAGCUGGAGGAGAAGAACCAGAAGAUCAGACUAUUACAAGAACGCAUUGACGGCACAUCACAGGGUGUUGAGGGUAAAGAUCAGAGCUCUGACUGUGUGAGGAUUGUGCUCGUGGGGAAGACAGGAAGUGGGAAAAGUGCCACAGGAAACACCAUACUGCAGAGGGAGGAGUUCCUGUCUGAGACCAGUACGACAUCAGUGACUACCUGCUGUCAGAAAGGAGUAGGGGAAAUAGCUGGCAGGCGUGUUGCUGUAGUUGACACACCGGGUCUCUUUGACACAUCAGUAUCUAAUGAGGAGGUCCAGCAGGAAAUAGCCAAAUGCAUCUCCUAUUUGGCCCCAGGACCUCAUGUAUUUCUCCUGGUGCUACAGCUCGGGAGAAUCACAAAGGAGGAGAAGGACACAUUGCAGCUCAUUAAGAGUACCUUUGGAAAAAAGGCUGAAAUGUUCACCAUUGUCAUGUUCACAAGAGGAGAUGAUCUUAAAAAUAAAUCCAUUGAAAGUUACCUUCAAAAAGGUGACCCUACAAUCCAGAAUCUGAUUGAAGUCUGUGGAAAGAGGUUUCAUGUCUUCAAUAAUAAUGACAUGCCCAACAUCACCCAAGUGUCUGAGCUGUUGGAUAAGAUAGACACGAUGGUGCAGAAGAACGGAGGAGGCUGCUACACCAAUGAGAUGUUCCAGGAGGCAGAAAUGACCAUAAAGAAAGAAUGUGAGAGAAUACUGAGAGAGAGAGAGGGAGAGAUGCAGAGAGAGAAAGAGGAGCUGCAGGCAAAACAUGAAGAUGAGAUGAAAGAGAUGAAGAGAAGGAUGGAGGAACAGAGACUUAAAGAAGAGGAAGAAAGAGCCCAUCGGGAAAAAGAGCUGAAAGAAAAAGAAGAACAUUUAAGGAAAGAGCGUGAGGAGUGGCAGAAAAAAGAGGAGGAGGAAAAAGAAAGAAGAGAUGAGGAAGAGAAAAAGAGGAAGGAAAUACAAGAAUUGGAAGAGGAGCAGGAGAGGAGAAACCGCGAGGAGAGAGAAAGAAGGGAGUGGGAACAGAGAAUUAAAGAGGCAGAGAAAGAGAAGAAAGAGAUACAGGAAGACAUGAAGAAAAGGGCUAAGGAAUGGGAACUGGAAAGGAAAAGGGAACAAAAAAGAAAAUACAAGGAGGAAAAGAAAAGGAACUCCUGA